AUGAUGUUUAUCUCGUUUUUGAAUUAUUAUUUGAACAAUUUAGUCAGGAAACCUUUUGAUUUCUUGGAUGAAAUUGUACAAAGGCUGACUGUAUUAAUAGGGAACUCCGUUGGUAGUCUUGCUUGCGUUAUUGCUGCCUCAAUCAGGAAACCUUUUGAUAGGUUGACGCUUGACAUGUUGAUCAUUAAGAAACCAGCAAAUGAUGAGGGGGCGCUCGAUGCUUUUGUGUCCAUAGUGACAAGACCACCGGGGCCGAAUCCUGUGCAGUUGAUGCCGAGGAUCACCUUACCUGUUUUAGUUUUAUGGGGUGACAGAGACCCAUUUACCCCACUUGACGGUCCUGUUGGUGCACACUUCUCGACUCUUCCUGCUCAAGUACCAAAUAUGAGCCUCUUUGUUCUGGAAGGCGUUGGUCAUUGUCCUCAUGAUGAUACACCAGAUUUGGUGCAUGAAAAGUUGCUGCCUUGGCUUGACGAUCUUCUUCCUGCUUUGUAA